AUGAAGAAGGCGAACCCGGACUUCCCCAUCCUAGUGCGGGAGUGCAGCGGCGUCGAGGCCAAGCUUAUAGCCCGAUACGACUUUGGCGUGGAGAAGUCUGUCUCGGUCGAAGGCUUGGAUCCGGGGAAUGUGGCCAAGAAGCUGCAGGAGCUGCUCAGCGAGGGCGCAAAGCUGCCGAGGUCGGGCGAGUGA